AUGAAAUUGAAAUUUUGUUUGACUAACUAUGCAGUGAAGAAUGGGUACAAGCUUUAUUAUGAGAAAAAUGAUGGUCAGAGGUUAUUAGUGAGAUGUUGUAAAGAUAGCAAGAAUCCUUCUUGUCCUUUUAGACUGUGGGCUUCCUGGAUGAGUAGUGAAAGGUCUUUCCGGAUUAAGUCCUUAGUUGAUGACCAUAACUGUUCAAGAGUCUUCAAACUUGGUUCCAUUGUAACAUAUAAAUGGAUUGGAAAGCGUUUUAAGAAUCAGCUUUUGAAGAACCCCAAAAUGAGCAUAAGGAAAAUGAAAUCCAAAAUGAGUACAAAGUUUAACUUGAUUGUUAGUGUGACUCAAAGUAGAAAUGCUAGGAGAUAUGCUUUGGAUGAGAUAGAGGGUAGUUUGAUAGAACAUUAUGGUAAAGUAUGGAGUUAUGGUGAAGAAAUAAUGAGGACAAAUCCUAGUUCAACAGUAAAGACAGAUGUGAAUGUCAUGCCUGAUUCCACCACUUACUUUUCUAAAAUGAAUUGGUCAUGGAUUGACCCUCAUAUCAGACCAACACAAGGGAUUGGUAGAGGCAUAGACAAUGUGCUAGGCACAUCUAUGCUAACUUCAAGAAAAGAUUCAAAAGUGAACAAUAUAGGAAGUUGUUUUGGGGCAGCUGCUGCUAGUACUACUCAACCUAAAUUUGAGGCAGAAAUGAAUUCCAUAAAAAAUUGA